ACAAAAAGACAAAUAUUACUCCUCUGCAACACGAAAAGCACGGAUCGAUCGUUGUGGCCGGAUCGAUGUGGUGGUGGCCGCCGUUCCUGUUCCCGCCGCCGCCAUCGGCGCUCGUGGCGGUGGCGUCGGCGGCGCAGCUCGCGUCGAUGGCGAACGCCGGCCUCCGGGAGCUCCGCGGCGAGCACAUGGCGUACUCCAAGUUCUGGCAGGUCGUCGCCGGGAAGAGGCAGGACGGCGGCGGCAGGCUGCUGCCCAGCCGGCGGGGGAUGCUGGUGGCGUACGUGCCGGCGCUCGUCGUGGCGGCGGUGGCGUUCGCCGUGCCCGGCGCCGUGGAAGGGAUGCGCGCCCAGCUCCUCGCCGCCGCGCUCGCCGUCCACUUCCUCAAACGAGUUCUCGAGGUACUGUUCGUCCAUCAGUACAGUGGAAGCAUGCCACUCACCACGGCGGCCACCAUCUCCUCCAGCUACUUCCUCAUCACCGCCGCCAUGCUCUACGCGCAGCACCUCGCCGCCGGCCUCCCGGACCCUCCCGUCGACCUGCUCUACCCCGGCGUGGCCGCCUUCGCCGUCGGCAUCGCCGGCAACUUCUACCACCACUUCCUCCUGUCCCAGCUGAGGACGACGACGGCGAAGACGAAGGAGUACAGGAUCCCCACCGGCGGCCUCUUCGCGCUCGUCGCCUGCCCGCACUACCUCUUCGAGAUCGUCGGCUUCUUCGGCUUCGCCAUGAUCGCGCAGACGGUGCACGCGCUCGCCGUGGCCGCCGGCGCGGCGGCGUACCUCGCCGGAAGGAGCUGCGCCACCCGGAGGUGGUACGAGUCCAAGUUCGAGGAUUUCCCUGCUAGCGUCAAGGCGCUUGUUCCAUAUAUUCUGUAAAUUUCUCAGUUUGAAAUGAAUAAGAACUUCUGUUCAGUAAAAAAUAUAUGAUCAGACAAGAAAUCUGUUAGGUCUUCGUCGCUCGUUUUGAAUUUGCACGAAUUGUCGAUCAGUUGUUUACUGUAUGCCGAAACUGGAUCCUCUGCAAUAGACUGCAUAUGAACUCGUCGAUGACAUGUGGGCCCAACGCCCCCGGGCUCACAUGUUAGCGACGAUUGCACGAGGCAGUCGACUAACCCGAUCCAUGUACUGCAUGUAUUAAAUAAUAUACGUGUUGU